ACUGUUUAAAAAUGAUUUAAAUGUCUAUGAUCAGACAGCAGACUAAUCUAUAACACACCAAACCUUUCAGAUUUCAUUCAAAUCUCAUAAAAACCCUCCAAAUACUGUAACAAUGUUUCUAUACGUUAAAAACUGAAGGAAGUGACUCUAAAUGCUGCUAACAGUCUUUUCUGUUUCCCAGUCUGCUGCUGGGUCUGGACCCGUGGGUGUGUAUUUAUUUGUGUACGUAUCCAUAAGUGUCUGUGUGUUUGUUUAGUCAGUGUCGUGGCGGUUGCCAUCAUGUCGGCUUGUUGUCGAGCGUCUCUUCUUUCCCUCUGCCUCCUCGGUGGCUUCCUUCAGGUCCUCAGCCAAGAACGAGUGUUUCAGGUGCCGCCCAACCACAGCGUCUUCCUGCGGUCCAAACGGGCGAAUCAGUUCCUGGUGGAGGAGAUCCUACAGGGGAACCUGGAGAGGGAGUGUUACGAGGAGCAGUGCAACUACGAGGAGGCCCGCGAGUACUUCGAGGAUGACGACCGGACGAUCGCCUUCUGGACAGUUUACUACGAUGGGGAUCAGUGCCAGCCUAACCCCUGCCUCCAUGAAGGGAACUGUACUGACAAACUAGGCGGGUUCCUCUGCUCAUGCCCAGACCCCCACUAUGGUCAGGUCUGUGAACUGAGACUACUGGAGGAUGGAGGAGCAGCCCCUACCGCACCACAGGUCAACGCAGCAGAAGUUUCAGAGUGUCCGACUGACGGACCCACGGCAUGCCACCAGGUGUGCACAGCCUCCUACUACUCCUUCAGGUGCUCCUGCUUGCCGGGAUUCAAACUACAGGAGGACGAACGCACAUGCUUACCUGAAGCUGAGUUUCCCUGUGGACAACUUCCCCCAGACUUCAGCACAACUGCAUCAAUCUGUGACCAUGGAAGGUGCCCCUGGCAGGUGUCGCUGUUAACCCGCAGAGGCGCUGUGCCCUGUUCUGGCGUUGUGCUGGGUCGACGCGCCAUCCUGACUGCCGCCAGUUGCCUCCAGCUGGAGUCUGAGCGAACACCCAACCUCCGACCGUCAGACUUCUACGUCAUCACUGGGUUAACAAAGAAUAUCUACCCAGUCCGUGCUGUGUACGUCCACAACCGUUACCGAAAGAAUUACCAUGACAACAACCUGGCCUUACUAGAGCUGGCCCACCCUUUGCCCUUUAGCCGCCUUCUUAUCCACCUCUGCCUGCCCACCAAGGACUUUUGUGAGAACAUCCUGAUGCAUUCUGGGCGAACAGGCAUCACUGCAAGACGUGGGGUCAGUGGGACCGAGGAACUGGUCUACAUGACGCUGGAUGAGUGUCGCAGUCAGCUGAAUGUCUCCCACCCAAUCAGCAAUAAGAUGUUCUGCAUGAAGUCGCUGAACGAGCAUUCAGGGGGCCUAAACCGCGCCCAGAGGAGCCUCGAUGGAGCACAGGGAGCGCCAGAGGGACCUCUGAGUAUCCAAAACAGCACCCAGGAACGGCAGUGUGGUGCUCUGCUGCCGGGGACACCUGUUGUGACCGUAGAUCGGGGGACGGUGUUUGUGACCGGGCUGCUGUUGUCUUCAUUGGAAGGUUGUGACGAAAGCGGUCUUGUGUUCACAAAACUGUCCCGCUACCUGAACUGGAUCAGACCAAGAGUGGAGGCCGCUGAGGAUCACAUGACCCAACAGGUCAUCCAGUACCCUGAGAAUGACUAAGAACUGGCCCUCCGCAGAUCAUCACUUUAAAAAUUGUGUUCAAUGUAGAUCUGACAUUUCUGUGAUAUAAAAGGUUUGAAUGUAUUAAACUCACCUGUAGAAAAUA